AUGCCGGACGAAGUUGCAGCACCGGCUGCUGCUGAAAACGCGGGUCAACAACAAGAACAGGUAACUUUAUGAAAAUGUAUGUAUUACUCUUUAACGAAAUGUAAUUUUUAGGGAGGAUGGAUGAAUAUUGUUAAAUCAAUGGCCAAACAAAUGCUCAUGUUCUACUUGAUAAGUUCAGUAAUGAAAAGUUUUGGAGGUGGCGGUGGGGGAGGAAACACCAAUUCGACUGGUGUAACUUCGCAAGCCAAUGUUCAAAAAGGACCACCGGCUAGAAAUAUGUUUUCGCCUGGACAAAUUUUCGAUAUGUAUGUGUAUUUGGAUGAUUCGGAAGAGCAUUUUAAUAAUUUCGAAAAUGGAAAUCUGUUUUGGUUAAAGAAAGGGUUGAGAUAUGGUGAUUGGACCGGAGGACCUGAAAAUGUUAGUUUUUCAAUUUUUUUUUACUAUUAGCUUACUUUUAACGAACUAAUUUAGGAUGGCUCAUAUUCAAUUCACAAAACUAUGGAUACACCGGAAGUUUUAACUAGAAAUCAAUCAUUGUAUAUGCAUACUUUUAUUGUGAAAAUGGGUCAAUCACCAAAUCCAAAAGAUCGAAACCACGUGAAAAGAGAGGUUAUCUAUGGAGUUAAACAAUUGAAUAAAUAUAAGAAAAAGUAUUAUAAGAAGACUUCGAAUUUAUUGACUGGACUCAGUGAGCAAAGUGAUGAAGAUCUUGCCAAGGCUGAAAUUAUGAAAUUUGAAAUUCUCAACUUCUGGCAUCCAAAUAUCUCGAUUAAUAUUGUUGAUGAUCAAACUCAAUGGCAACGCGGAGCUCUUCCUCCACCAUUGGAUAAAGAUGUGAAAUUCAGUCCAGGUGGAGAAUCUUACAAACCAAUUUUAUUCUUUAAUAAUUAUUGGAACUUGGGUGCUGAUUAUAUGCCAAUUAAUGAGACUGUUAAACAAAUCAAUUUGACUGUCACAUUCUACCCAUUGUCACUUUUCAAAUAUCAAAUGUAUGCCAGUCAAAACGUAAGUUGAUGAAACAAGUAUCUUUUUUUCAAAUGUAUAUGAAUCUAUUUGCAGAUGAGAUCUCAAUGGAGCGGAAUGCUUCAAAUGGAGCAAGAAGAUGAUGAUCAAGAUUCGGUGAAACAGGCAUUGUUAGAAACAAACCCAAUUUUGCUUGGAAUCACUGUUGUUGUAUCAAUUUUGCAUACUAUUCUCGAAUUUUUGGCAUUCAAAAAUGAUAUUCAAUUCUGGAGAAGUCGCAAAGAUCUUGUAGGAUUGUCGGUCAGAAGUGUGCUCUUCAAUAUUUUCCAAUCGCUUAUUGUUUUCCUAUAUAUUUGCGACAACGACACCAAUUUUGUUGUGAAAAUGAGUGUUGGAGUUGGUUUGCUCAUUGAAGGCUGGAAAAUUCCAAAAGUUCUCAACGUUGCAAUCGACUAUGAAAACAAGAUUCUUGGCAUCUUCCCUCGACCAGUUUUCAGCGAUAAAGGAUCGUAUGUUGAAAGUGACACAAAAACAUAUGAUCAAAUGGCAUUCCGUUAUCUUUCAUGGGUUUUGUUCCCACUUCUUGUUGGAUAUGCUAUUUAUUCAGUUAUUUAUGUUGAACAAAAAGGAUGGUAUUCAUGGGUAUUAAAUAUGUUAUAUGGGUAUUUGUUGAUGUUUGGUUUUAUCACUAUGACACCACAGGUAAGAUUUUGAAUAUUGAAAGUAUGGCUGGGAAUUUGGAGAAAAAAUUUGAAGAAUCAAAAUAAAGCUACUGAAUAUUUUGAUAAGUUUAUAAUUAAUAAAUUGUAAAUUGACCAUGGGCCAGUUUAAAUUUUUAAAAUAUUAUUUUUCAGCUAUUUAUCAAUUAUAAACUCAAAUCAGUUGCCCAUUUACCUUGGCGUAUGCUUACUUAUAAAUUUAUCAACACAUUCAUUGAUGAUCUCUUCGCAUUUGUUAUCAAAAUGCCAAUGUUAUACCGUAUUGGUUGCUUCAGAGAUGAUAUUAUCUUCCUGGUGAGUUUUUCCAAAGUUCAAAAUUUUAAAAAAUAUAUAAGAAAUUGUUUUUUUAGAUCUACCUCUACCAAAGAUGGAUUUACCGUGUUGAUCCAACUCGAAUGAAUGAGUAUGGAACAUCACUUGAACAUGAGAAUGGAGUUCCACCGCCAGCUGAUGAAGGACAAUCAGCAAUUGAAAACAAACCAGAAGAAACUAAAACUGAAACGAAAAAAGACAAGUAA